AUGCCGGGCAGUCUGUCGCCGACGCCGGAACCGUCAGACGACGAGUCGAGGGGCUCGAGAGAGCUCACACCGACACAGCGUAGCGAGAGGACCGACACUGCCCCGCCGUCGCCGACCAACCUUCCCCCGACUCGCGCAGAGCUGGAGGGCUACUCGCACCUCGUCGGCUCACUAGCUCUCCGCGAUGCGACAUCUCUCGGUCCUGCCCUCCUCGGCGCGCCGCUAUGGUCACCGACCCCCAACCCAUCGUCCCGCGGCUCGUCGCCUGUUGUGGCAAUGUCCCGCCGUUCCUCUGGUCCAUCCGGCAUCAUUCCCACUCCACGAACAGCAGACAGGAACGAGCGUCGGCUUUUCCUCCGGCGCGAGCGUGCCGCCUUUCGAGCCUCGAUGCCAGAACACCUGGGUGGGCAGCCCAGUGAACUCCGGCAAGAAGAAGACAAGCGCCGCACACUCUGGCCCGAGUAUCCCAAGAAUGUGGUCGCCGAGCAGAGUCUGAGUGAAAGCGUGCAGGAGGCAGCGGCGGACAUGGCGACUCGCGAGCGGUUGCGCUAUCAACGCACCAAAUUCAAGGGUCCGACUGUCGACAAGCCGCGUAACAAGCAGGGACGCUUCCUGCCCGCUGCUGAGGGAGCCGAUGAAGUAGAGAGGGAGGAAGACGAGCUGGACUCAGAUCUCAGCGACGACGAUGAUAUGGACCCCGAGGUCGCGUAUCACAUUGCCGCCAAUGUCCAAGCCCAGGUCGACCGGACACUGGCCGGCAUCGCAGCCUUCCGACCGCCAGGCACCGAGAGAGUGAGGAGCACCAUGGACCCGCUCGACUGGAAGGCGGUCAUGGGCGCGGCGGCGCUGACGGUGGACCCGGAGAUUAUCAAUCGCGCCAACGCCCGACUUGAGAAGCUCUUCCACUCGUCCGCUGACGAUCUUCAAGCGCAUCGCCUCAAGAUUCUGGCCGAUGCUCGCGCCGCACCGAAGAAGCUGUUGCGGCAGCGCGACAGCGUGUUUGCGUGCAGCCGCGUGACGGAGACUACGGUCAAGAACCUGAAGGAGAAGGCGCAACGCCGCACAGAGAAGGAGGCCAGACGGGCCGAGAAAGCCGUCGCAAAGGCAGCGGGCAAAGCACGCAAGGCGGAGAAGGUGCUGCAAGCGCGCAAGAAGAGGACUGCCGCCAACCGCGCAGCCGAGAAGAAGAAGGCGGAGCGCGAGGCGCGAGAGAACGCGUCUCAGCCUGUAUCAUGA